CAGCUAACAAAACCUUUCAUUAAAAAUAAGUGAAUAAAAGUGCAUUAAUCUCAUUUCAUUUUCAACUUGUAUAAUAUUUCUUUAAUAACCUCCUCGUUUGUUUAUUUUGCUAAAAUGCCUAAUAAAAAGAACAAGGAAAUUGACACAAACAGCGAAAGCGAAAAGGAACAAGAUUCAGGCAGCGAAAAAGAUUCUGAUUUUGAUUCAGACGGCAACUAUGUCGGUGAAAAAGAGCUACAGGCUGAUUUCGAAGGACGUAACCCAGAAGAUAGUGACUUCCACGGUAUUAAGCAGCUACUGAGGCAACUGUUUCUGAAAUCAAAUGUUGACCUUGGAGGGCUAGCCCAAAUUAUUAUAUCACAAAAUUACAUAGGCAGUGUUGUGAAGCAAUGUUUGGAUGAUGGUCAAGAGGAUGACGAUGAUGAGGACGAUGGUAGUGAUGGAGUUUUUGGAGUAACUACAGUAGUGAAUAUUACUAAAAGAAAAAAUGAACCCAGUGUGGCACAGAUCAGAGAAUUGCUUACAAAACUAUCUCAGGAGAAUGCAGAUCCCAGAACCAAAGAAUUAAUUAAAUAUAUUCUGGCUGAUGAUUCUCAGCAUACUGGCCUAGUUAUUAAUGAAAGAAUACUAAACAUUCCUGCAGCGAUUAGCGUACCAUUAUUUGCAUCACUACAGACUGAACUUGAGAAAGCUCAUAGGAAAAAUAUGCUAUACAACUUUAAAUACCUUAUUUGGAUCAGUAAAACUUACACUACUGGAGAGUCAUCAGAAGUGCUUUUUGCAAAUCAAGAAGAGAAGUCUUUAGUAAGCGAAGCAAUUGCUAGUUUUGAUGUAGAUGUAACCGACCAAGCUGACUUAUCACAAUGGGAUUAUGAAGGAGGAGCACUUACUCCUUGUCGAAAGAUUUUACUAUUUGAAGGUAUCAAGUUUGGUUAUCUCAUCGAUCUGAUGAAGGCAGAAGUUGAAAGCAUGUAAUGUUUCUUUUCAAUGGAAUAUUAUAUUCACGCCAUGUAAUAUGUUUGAUACAUAUUUAUAUUUAAAAAAUUAAAUUUAAGCCAAACGAUUA